UUAGUCAACAUCAACAAAAGAGAAAAGAAAAGAGAGAAGACCCAGAAACAGCUGAGACAAGACGGCGGAUAUGUGGAUUUAACGGGAAUAAUAACAGUGAGCAAGCUGUUGUGGAAGACGGAAAGCUUGGAGAUACUUGGCCCGGCACCAGCUGAGGGAUGGACGCCGUCCGAUUGAUGAAGGAGCUGAGGGCGAACUACGACCAGGAGGUGGAUUAUCUCCCUAAAGAGACGGGGCUGGACCUCAUCGAGUCCGCAGCGGAGGGCGGCGUCUGGAUCUCGGCCCGGUGCAGAGAUGCCAAAGUGGAGGAUCUGUGGAGUCUGACCAGCUUCUUCGGUUACAGCACGCAGACCUUCGUCCUGGCCGUGAACCUGCUGGACAGAUUCCUGGCCAUGAUUAAAGUCCAGCCGAAGCACCUGUCCUGCGUCAGCCUCAGCUGCCUCCACAUGGCGGCCAAAGUGACGGAGGACGAGUGCGACCUGACGCCCACUGACGAGCUCAUCCGCAUCGGACAGUGCCGCUUCACCGUGUCCGACCUCUGCCGCAUGGAGAAGAUAGUCUCGGAGAAGCUCCGCUUCAAGUCCAGGGCCGUCACCGCCUUGACCUUCCUGCACCUGUACCACCAGAUCGCCACGUCCCACGCCACGGACAGGAAGGAGCAUCUGAGCCUGGAGAAGCUGGAGGCUCAGCUCAAGGCCUGCCUCUGCCGGAUCUCCUUCUCCAGAGCGAAGCCGUCCGUCCUGGCCUUGUCCCUCCUGCGGCAGGAGAUGGGAGCCGUCCGGUCGCAGGACCUGUUGGAGAUCGCCUCCCACAUCCAGAGACACCUGAAGAUCCCGCACGGCGACCUGCGGCUGUGGAGCGAGCGGGUGGCCCGCCGCCUGUCGGACUACGCCUCCCCCGAGUGCAGCCGGCCCGACCACAGGAAGCUGCAGUGGGUCGUGUCCAGGCGGACCGCCCAGAACCUGCACAGCCACCGCAGCGCCCCCGAGCUGCCCACCAUCCCCGAGGACCGCUGGGACGAGAGCGAGAGCGAGGACUCGAGCGAGGACGUCAUGAGUUCGGGGGAGGAGUCUCUCAGCAGCUCUCUGGGCAGCGACGCCGAAGGCCCCUUCUUCCCGCUGCACCUCCGCCGCCAGAAGCCUCCUCCCGCCUCCUCCUUUUAAUUCACCGUUGGAAACGCACAACAGCCGAGCGGUCCUCCUUUCAGACUGUUAGUAUUUUUUAAACUCGUAGCGUGUGGAGACGUGACAUUCCAGGACACUGCGCCGCCCGGCUCCUUUAAAACAACCGAUGAUGUCAGAGCAGGCGGCGGCGGCGAGAACCUGCCAAGACGUUCACGUGAGGACGAGCGACCGUUUUAGAGUUCUGUUUAUUUUGCACAGUUUGUACGUCGGUGACCCGAGUGUUUGCGUUCAUGGAUCUGCGGGUCCUUCGAUUUAAAAAGUUGCCAAUUUAACGAUGUAGCUCAAACCGUGCAGCUUUCGGCUGUUUUGUUUUACGAGACGAAAUCAUGUUGAACGGGUGUUUAAAAAAAAAAAAAAUUUAAAAAUGUGUAAAACUGUAAAUGAUGUACAAAAAAAAGCUGUUAAUAUUUCUCUGUAGAUAUUUUAAGUU